CGCCCCCCAAAGAACCGUGGCGAUACUGCUAGUCUGAUCGACGGCGAUGGUGGCCGUAAAGGCACUUCAACCAAUGCCGGCAACAACGAAGACGGUCCCGCCGAUGAUGCCAACAGCGAAGACGAAGAAGACGGCGGCGACGAUGUCAACACCCUGGAAGGUGGUAAGCUCACCAAGGCUGCCAUGGAUGCCGAGAAAGAGCGCAAGGCCAUGUUUAGCACACAUAUCCACCCCGCCCAUGCCGAAAUCUACGAGACGUGGAAUCGCAUACAUCUGAAGAAGGAAGUUGUUCGCCGUCUUGCCAACCAGACCCUUUCACAGUCAGUCCCUGCCAGCGUGGUGACUACCAUCAAUUCUUACACCAAAAUCUUUGUCGGUGAGAUUGUUGAUCGCGCACGCGAGGUACAGAAGGAAUGGCUUGCUGCCGCUGAGAAGUUGCCUACGGACGACAAGAACGAGGAAGCCUUCGGUAAGGAUGGCGAGGGUGAGCCAAGGGUCAGAGAGCGUGAUAGAGGCCCUUUGCUACCUGACCACCUGCGCGAGGCCCUCAGAAGAUACAAAUACGACAGAUCUGGAGGCACUGUGGGUUUCACCGGCAUCAGUCUGGAAGGCAGGGAGUCUGCUGCUGUUAGAAACGGCGGCAGAAAGCUCUUCAGAUGA